UCCGAGGCAGGCUCGGAGGCGGGCGGGAGAGCUAAGGUGGCGGCGUCACUACGGGCGAAGGGGGUGUGGCCUAGUCGUCGCCACGGAGACGCGUGGGGACGGCUACGGGCGACUAGGGCGAAGGCUAUAGAGGCAGCAGUGGUGGCGGCGGCAGCGAGGUUAAGCCGAGUCUGGCUGGAGCCCGCUCGGGCUCCGGCAGUCGGGGCCGGCGGGAUGAGCGUCCGAGGCGGACGCGGGGCCCCGGGAGCCGGCGAGGAGGGCGGCGACGACGACGAUGAAGAGGACGACGAGGAGCGAGAGGGCGUCACCCACAUCUUCCCGAUGUCCCGGCUGCCGCCAAUCUCCGGCUACGUGCCCGAGGCCGGCCGGAGGAAGGCGAAGAAGAAGAAAAAGAAAAAGAAGUCGCAGGCCAGCGGGCUGAGCAAGGCCUCCGGAAAAGGCGACGGUUCCAGCAAAGACCUUAGUUCCAAACUAGAAUCUAUGAAAGAGCUUAAAAAAGAGAAAGAGGAAAAUAAGCAUCUCUCUUACUCCUCCUCUGGGAACUCUGCUGCCUUUUCUUCGGCCGAAGUAGAAGAGAACCUUUCCAUUAAGAUCAACGAGAGUCUCCGCUGGGAAGGUGUCCUUGCAGACCCGGUAGCAGAGGAAGAACGAAUCCGCAUCUAUAAACUCAAUAGAAGAAAACGCUAUCGACUCUCGGCUCUGGAAGGAUUCUGCCAGACUUCGAGCGUCCCGGAAGGGACAAAUGAGAAGGCCUUGGUCCUUCCAGACUCAGAGAGCCACACAAGCAGCAAACAGCAAGCGGGGAAGGUUGAUUGUCUCAAUUAUUUCCUUGAUGGAAACACAUCUUCAAAGAUCCUCCUCUCUCCAGAAUUAGCAACAGCUAGUGUGCCCGAGCAGAAACUUUCUUCUGCUUUGGCAAACCCAUCCUGAUCCCAGAGUGUGUGUGUGUGUGUGUAUGUGUGUACGUUGUGUAUGUGUGUGUGUGUGUGUGUCGUGUAUGUGUGUGUACGUGUGUGUGUGUUGUGUUGGGGGGGGUAGUGUAUGUGCUAAAAUGAAAUAAUGGAAAUCAGGCCAUUCCUGAAGAGGACAGAUACUUUGUUUUGAUAUUGAGAUCAACAAAAUGUUCUAACAUUCUGAAAUAAAACCACCUCUCUAUAAAAAACAAACAAACCCCAAACCCCAAAAUGGAAGGAUUUCAUUAAGUCAGACUCUGCUUUCCCUCAGCGUAGCCCACAUGAUUCCCUGUUGCUCACUCUGGUCUCUCAGAGUCCCGGGAGGGUGCGGGUGACCUAAUAAAGCCUCCAUCCUGUCUGCUGUAACUUGCUUCUCUGGAGGCCUGCGCUGCUACAGACAUAUUGGAAACGGACUGAGCUGGGGUGCAAGUCCUGCUGCCAGUGUCAGCUUUCGGGCCUCGGUUUCCACCCAUCCCAAUUCUAUGGGCUUACAUGGAAUUGGAGGAAAGAAGGGACUCACCAUUUAUAUCGUUCCUACUAUGUGCUAGACACGGAGUCCUAAGUGCUUUUACAGUUUGAGCUGCUAGUUAUAAAUAGUGGCUGAUCCUCAGGACCCCUGGGAGGGAGGGGCUGAUAAUAUGGUCAUUUUACAAUGAGGAAGGGGAGGUAAAGGGACUUACCCACGGUCACAUGGCUAGUAAGUAUAUGGGGCUGGAUCUGAACCCUUCCGACUCCAGGGCUGAUGUUCUGUCCACUUGGCCACCGGCUGCCUCAACGUGAAUUCUCUCUCAAAUCCCAUCCUAGGGUAUUUAUUUACCUUAAACAUUCUUUGAAAAAAAUACUAAAAGAGUAUUUAACAGCACAGCAAAAAUUACCAAAAAGACCUUAGCAGCAGCAGCAGUAUAACAUUUAGACCACAUUCUAGUAUUUUCAAGGGCAAGCUAAGCGGUGCAGUGGAUCGAGCACCAGGUCCGGGGUUCAAUCUGAUCUUAGACACUUACCAGCUGUGACCCUGGGCAAGUGACUUGACCCUAUCUGCCUCAAUGUCCUUAUCUGUUAAAUGGGCAGGAGAAAGACACUCCAGUAUCUCUGCCAAGAAAACCCCAAAUGGGGUUGUGAAGAGCCGAAUAUAUAUAACAAAAAUAAUUUCAAAGCACUUUAUAACAUUCAUCUGAUCCUCAUAACAAUCCUGUGAGGUAGAUGAUGAUAUCCUCGUUUUACAGAUGAAGAAACUGAGACAACAGAACCUUAAGUGAUCUGCCCAGGAUCACAGAGCUAGUUAGGAACUGAAAUGGGAUUUGAAUUCACUUCGAACUCUCAGAAACUGAGGCCAUCAGCCCAGCUCAUGCAGGUAAAUUUCAAAGUCAGGCUGGAAGUCCAGGCCUUGGAUAAUCUUUCCUCUGCGCCAUGAUGCUGCUUUCCUAAUUCUGCUGCUUCUACUCCCAUCAGUUCAUCAAAGUCUUCCCAUGCUUCUCUGAAUUCAUAAUAUGCCUUUGUAAUGCUGAAACACACUUUGGAGGCAGCGAGCCCCAAACUCCACUGUCAGGCCUUUCUUUCCCUAUUCAGUCUCAGGCUUACCUCUACUGGAGGGAGGGGGGAAGAGGUCAUAAACCAGCUACUUGGUUGCAGUCAAAAUCUGUGACAAUGAGAUCUCAAAACAAAACUUGGUAACGUUUUCAAAAUAACUGAGUAUUGGGGAGGGUCACCAUGAGGUACAAAGUCUCCCCCAUUCCCCGCUCCAAAACGUACAGUUCACUGAGUAUUAAAACUCAAAGGCACCAGACAUCUGUAUCAGAUUAGAAACCAUCAUCUUACUACAGUCCCAUGAAUUCAAACCCAUGAGUGACUUGUCCAAGGUCACACAGCUAAUGUUAAGUGUCUGAGGCCGGAUUUUUACUCGGGUCCUUCAGACAUCGGGGCCGGUGCCUACCCACCGUGCCGAUUGUGUGCCCCCUUGUUUUUCUUUCUAAUGUUGUUACUGCAUAAUUUCUUAUUUCUGCUCCCUUCCCACAGCAUCAGUCUUCUCAUGUUUCUCAGAAACUGCCCCCUUAUUUUUUACAGUACAAUAGUAUUUUUGACAAAACAUUUCAUUUUUUCCCCCAUUAUAUGUAAGAAUAUAUUUUAAUAAAUAUUUUUAAAAUA